AUGUACUUGGUCACGGUCACUGGGAAUCUCCUCAUCAUCCUGGCCAUCGUCACGGACCCCCGCCUGCACACCCCCAUGUACUUCUUCCUCGCCAACCUGUCCUUUGCCGACAUCGGCUUCACCUCCACCACCGUCCCCAAGAUGCUGCUGAACAUCCAGACGCAGAACAAAGCCAUAACCUACGCGGGCUGUCUCAGCCAGAUGUUUUUCUACAUAUUCUUUGCAGGACUGGAAAACUUCCUCUUGACAGCCAUGGCCUAUGACCGGUUUGUGGCCAUCUGCCAUCCCCUGCACUACACGGUCAUCAUGAACCCCCAGUUCUGUGGCCUCCUGCUUCUUGCAUGCUGGGUCUCCGUGGUCUCCCUGCUCUACGGGACGGCCCUUGGCGUGUACCUCAGCUCUGCUGCUACCCACAACUCCAGGGACAGUGCAGUUGCCUCAGUGAUGUACACAGUGGUCACCCCCAUGCUGAACCCCUUCAUCUACAGUCUCAGAAACAAGGACAUAAAGCAGGCCCUGGGGAGGCUCUUCAGCUGCAGAGAAACCCCAACAUGA